AUGCGCUGCGUGCGGGGCAACGGGAGCACCGGGACCCGCGGGAAAGAGCUCCCUAGCGCGGCGCUGCCAGGAGGCUGUGGAGGCGUCGCGGGAGGAGGAUGUCGGGAGGGAGAAGGACGGGAUUUGUGCCGAGCACGGAGCCGAAGGCAGGGCCGUGGGGCGGGGAGCGGCGGGGCGGGCGGGAGGCGGCACAGCCCGGCGUCACUGCCGCCUCCCGUCGCGCAGGCCGGGGCUGCUAUAGCGACGCGGAGGACGCCGGCGCCGAGCGGAGCCGCAGGGACGGAGCCGGGACAUGGUGAGCGCCGGGACGGGCGGCCCUUCUCCCAGCGCACCUAUCACCCGCCUGCAACCGGGCCCGGCGCGGGGCCGGCGGCGUUUCCCGCAUUCCAGUUCCGCGUGCGGCACGAGAACCCGGACUGGCGGCGGCUGAGCACCGUGGACGUGGAGCGGGUGGCGCGGGAGGGGGACGUGGCGGUCCUGCAGGCGCUCCUGGAGCAUGUCACCUUCUGCAACGCCGAGCGGGAGUGCUGCCCGCACUGCCAGGGCCCCGCAGACCCGCUGCUGCUGAAGCUGCUGCGCCUGGCACAGCUCUCUACAGAGUACCUGCUGCACUCCCAGGAGUACCUCAGCGCCCAGCUCGGCAGCCUGGAGGAGGCCCUGAGAGAGACACAGGCCCAGCGUGACCAGCUGGCCAAGGAGGUGGCACAGCGCUCGCAGGAGAUCCAAGGGCUUAAGGAGGAAUGCCGGCGGAGAAAGAAGAUGAUCAGCACCCAGCAGAUGAUGCUGGAGGCACGAGCCAACUACCACCAGUGCCCAUUUUGUGAAAAGGCUUUUAUGACCUAUUCCUUUUUACAAAGUCACAUUCAAAGACGUCACCCAGGGGAGUCUGAGAUCGAACAGAAGAAGAAAGGAAAUAUAGAAAAACUGCAGGAUGAGAUUGAAAAACUGAAGGAGCAGCUGCAGCUCACCAAGUCCCAGUUAGAGUUUGAACAACAGGCUAAUUUGGCCAGGUUGUCUAAGGAAUGCGAGCAGCAAAAAUCAAAAGAAGAAGAGUUUCUACAAUCAUUUCAUAGAUGGAAAGACGAGGAAAGAGAGAAAUUUGCUGAUCAAAUAGAAAAAGUGAAAGAUAUGUUUACAAAAGAGCUUAAGGACUUACAUUCGAGAAAUUCAACCUUAGAAAAUCAACUGUUAGAAUUACAAAAGUCCAAUAUGCAACAAAAAUCCAAUUUAGGAACACUGAAAGACAGCCAUGAGUUUACAGAGGAGAAACUUCAUCAUCUUCGGGAUCAUCCAUAUGUGGUUAAACUUCUGGAAAAACAGGAAAAAAAGUGGGUGUCUUGUAUGCAAGCCAAGUGUCAUGACCAUGAGACAGAAACGUCCCUGCUUCGGUCAGAGGUUGAGAACACCAAAACAUCAGCAAGGGAAGACCUGAACAGAAAUAACAUCUUUUACAGGAAGAGGAUAGAAGAACUGGAGAAGAGGCUUCAGGAGCAGAAUGAUCUGAUUAUUAGUCAGAGGAAGCAGAUAAGAGAAUUGUCUGUGAAACCAGCUCCAAGUGUUAAAACAUAUGAUGUGAACACUCCUGUAGAGCGUCUUCAAGAAUCUAAAUCAACUCCAUCAAUUCCCCCACCUGAGCAGGCACCCUUGGUGCAUAUGCUGGAGCCCAUAGAGGAGCUUUCAGAAGAGGAAAAAGAAAUUGAGAAAAUUGAUCUAAAACCAGACAGAAGUAAGCACUAUUUAAUAAAUGCUCUGAAGUCUGAUCCUUCUUUAACUAAAGAAUUGCGAGUUGUUUUGGAGCAAGCUCUGGAGGAGAAGCUGGAAUCCUUGGGAAUUAAAGCAGGUGUUCGUGGAAUAUCAAGUGAUCGCUUAAAUAAAAUUUUGCGAGCUAUUGAAUAUGCCAGAGAACGCAAAGGGAAGCAUGAGCCCGCCAUUCAAGGAAUUCGAGAGCGCCUUGAACGUCAAGUUGGCCUUCGGGUUGAAGAGAGAUCAUCAUCUUCUAGCAGAGCUGAUGCCUGUGCUCAUCUUCCUGGCGAAGAAAAACACAAGUGCCACUCAUUGGGAAUUUCCUCGCUUGCCACACCUCCAAAACCAACCAAGUGGUCUCCAUCAGCUGUCCGCCCACCUGGACAAAGAGCAAUCAUCCCUGACUAUAGUUCUACACCAAACCCCAGGAAGAUGCUUGGAAGUGGAGCUUCCAGAAAGACAUCUAGCAUCACAACACCACCAUUCAGUUCAGAGGAAGAAGCUGAUGAAGAUGAUAUGAAACAGUCUUAUGUAGCACCAGAGGCAUUGCAAAAGCAGUCAAAACCAUCAAGCAGCAUAGUCCAUGCUUUUCAGAAGCCUUUUGGCAAAAGCAAUGGGGAUAGGAUGGAGGAAAAUGGACCUCAAGAAACUGGAACACCUGCCAAAACUUCUAAAGCAACAGUUAUUCAAAAACUGACCAAACAAGUUGGAGAGAGUCUUUCUAACCAUGGAAGUAAGAACAAACCAGCUGGAGGAAUUAAUGUUGCGCAGGCAUUUACUAAGAAAGAUGGAGUGAAAGAACCAAAGCUCGCAGAAGCUGAUGAAGAUGAUUGGGAUAUUUCAUCAGUAGAAGAUAUUUUAUUGAUGAAAGAGAACAGAGGUCAGAAGGCAAUGACAGUUCAGAAAAACGAGCCCAGUGCUGCAUCUGUGGUUCAUGCAUGGGGCCUUCCCAAGAAGAGUGCACCAAAGGAGGAAGGCCUUCAUGAAGCUGAUAAUACAAGCACGUUAAAAAGCAGCUUGGUCACUGUAACAGACUGGAGUGAUUCUUCAGACAUAUAAUUGUUCCAUUCCUGAUUGGAGGUCCCGCUUUUGGCUUCUGCCUGGGUUCAAAAUGCAGGUGAAAACAUCAAGUGUUUCCCAGUAACUUCUCUCAUUGGUCCAGUAAUAACAAGGAAUACUGUUUACAGAGCUCUCGUGUCUUUCAGUCUGACUCUGAAAAAGAAUAUUGAAAUAUGCAUUACUGGCCAUGUCUAUUUGGAAACAAAGUAAUUCUACUUUCUUUUUGUGAUAGUUUAACCCCAGCCAAGCCCCACACAGCCACUCACUCACUCCCUCACCUGUGGAACUGGGGAGAGACUUGAAAGAGUAAAAGUGAGAAAACUCGUGGGUUGAGAUCAAGGCAGUUUGAUAGGGAAAGCAAAAGCCACACACACAAGCAAAGCAAAACAAGGAAUUAAUUCACUGCUCCCAUGGGCAGACAGGUGUUCAGCCAUCCCAGGAGAACAGGGCCCCAUCACUUGUAAUGGUGGCUUGGGAAGACAAAUGCCAUCACUCCAAAUGUCUUCCUCUUCCUCCUUUUUCCCCCACUGUAUAUACUGAGCAUGAUGUCACAUGGUCUGGAAUAUCCCUUUGGUCAGUUUGAGUCACCUGUCCCACCUGUGUCCCCUCCAAACCUCCUGUGCACCCCCUAUCCUCACUGAUGUGGUGGUAUGAAAAACAGAAAAGGCUCUGUGCAAGCCCUGCUUAGCAAUACUAAAAACAUCUCUAUUACCAACUCUGUGUCCAGCACAAAUCCAAGACACAGCCCCAUACCAGCCAUGGUGAAGAAAAUUACCUCUACCCCAGCCAAAACCAGCACACUCAUGAGUUCAGUGGUGAAAGUCUCUAUCAUUUCUCUGAGGUGAAGAUUUUACCUCUAAUGUUUACAUUAAAGAUUGAAACUGGUCUUGCAAGAAACCAAUGAACAGAAUAUACUGCAGAGUAUUACUUUAUACAAUCUUUAAUGCAUAUUUUUUAUAUUUUAUCAUGAACUUUAUAUAAAAUUGUCAACAUUUUAAAGAAAAUAUGUCCAUGUCUUAAACUAUUAAGUUUCUACCAUGGUUUACAAUAAACACUAAGUGAAAAGAAAAAAGCCUCA